AUGUCCUCUGACAUAAAAGCCAUUGACAUUUGGAGUUUGGAUGAAACCGGAUUGUCCACUAUCCAUGUUCCUCCAAAAGUACAGGCUCCUCUAGGCGCGAAGCAAAUAGGGUCUAGCGCUGAAAGACGCACGACGAUAACUAUGAUAGCAGCUAUUAAUGCAGGUGGAGGUUUUUUCCCACCCAUGUUGAUAUUCCCUCGUGUUAACUUCAAGGAUUUUAUGAUCAUUGGAGCUCCUGAAGGCAGCAUUGAAGGCGCGAAUCCAUCUGCGCAUUUACUGGCUAUUGUUUCAUUGGCUUAUGCACAGCCUAACAUACAAAAUAUACCACACAACAUGGUAACAGUUCCGACUAAUUGUCCCGAAGGUCAACAACUUAUCAAUGGAGUUUGCCACGAUAUUUGGAGACUGGAUCCUUCUAAUCCUUUCAUGAUGGCAGCAAAAGAAGUUGUUCAGAGUAACAAGGAUAAGGCGCCUCUUAAUAUGGUGUCAGUUCCAACGAACUGUCCAGAUGGUCAACAGCUGAUCAACGGAGUAUGUCAUGAUAUUUGGAUACUAAAAGCAACAAGUCCUAUACCAUUCAUGGCUAAAGAAACUGAAAGUAAAAAGGAGGCUAAUAUAAUAGAACGCAUUCACUCAGCCAUCACACAUCAGCGUGAGAAGCGGCAAGUAGCUUUUGAUGCGGAAGAAGCGCUUCAAUGGCUGGAUAUUACUAAUAUUGAUAAAAAUAUCAUAAGUAUCCCCAACCAAUGUCCCAUUGGAUACAAACCUGAUGCGCUUGGAGUUUGCCGACCAGUUUUUGACUAA